AUGUCAAGCUCAAUUAGUUUGAUUUUUGAGUCUAUCUAAUGUAUUGAUCAUAAAAAGAGGAUUGAAUUUAUAAAUUUAACACACCCAUUAAUUAAUAAUCAAAAAAGACUUUUAUGUGAAAAAUGUGAUUUUAAUACUAAUUGUGAAAAUAUAUAUAAUAAAAAUGAAGUUUUUGGAUUUUUAGAUAAUCUUAAAAAAGAGGAAAAUGACAUAAAAAAUUAAUUUGAAAUUAUCUGUAAUCUAACAAAAGAAUUGAAAUAACAUUUAAAUUCAAUUGAACAAUAAUUAGAAAGUCAAAUAUUAAUUAUUUAAUAAAAAUUCCUUAUUAAGCCAAACAAUUCCUUAGAUAAAUUCUUAUAAACGAAGAAUGCAUUAUCUAGAGAGAUAAUCAAACAAAUGAGUGAUGAUCUUAGUUGUUUAAUCAUGUAGAAUUAAACUGCAAUCUAAUUAAAUGCAGAAAAUACUUCCUAAUCCAAUUAAGUCUUAUAACAAUUAGUUUAGGAAAUAGAUUUUAGGAAAUUUGAAUAAAUGAUUCAUAACUUAAAAUAACUUAUGAAUUAAGGUGAAACUUAAUAAAGUUAAUAAUUAUAAUAAUAAUAAUAAUAAUAAUAAUAAUAAUAAUAAUCAUCAUCAUAAUCAUAUAUAUAGUAAGAAUAAUAUUAAUCAUAAGAAUAAUCUUAAUCAAUGUUAAUUAAUUAAUAAUUUAAUAAUGUUAAUAUUAAUUACGUAAAUACUUAUACAAAUAAUAUUGGUUAAUAAUUGAUACAUGACAUAAAAUUUAAUAAAAGUGGUAAUAUUUUUGUAAUUUCAAGUAAUUUAAUACCUGAUAAAAAUUGUUAUGCAUAGGUAUAUACAUUAUAGAAUAACAUUUUUACUCUUACUUAAAAUUUAGAUCUUCAUGAAGGAGAUGUGAAAUCUAUUUGCUUUACUUCAUUAAAUGAUAAUUUCAUUACAGCAUGUUAAGAUAAAAAAAUAAGAUUCUGGAAAUAAAUAGAAUAAAAUAAGUGGGGUUUGAAUUAAGAGAUAAUAGAAUUAAAAUCUCCUGGUAAUGUUAUUUAAUUGAAUCAUUCUGAGAAUAUUUUAGCAUCAGGAGGUGAUUAUUUAUGUUUUUGGAAAAAAACAAAUGGAUAAUGGGCUAAUGAUACUGAAACUUCUAAUUAAGAAUAGAAGAUAUUAUCUUUAAGUUUUAAUUUAGAAGAUAAUUAAUUAGCUGUAGGAUAUCAUGAUUAUUCAUUUAAGAUUUUUGAAUAUUAUGGUCAAAAAUGGAUUUAGAGACAUUAAAUGUAACAUUAAGCUAUAUUAAUAAAUUUCUUUAAUAACAAAGAUCUAAUUGUAGUAAAAAAAAAUGGAUAUUUUAAUUACUAUCAAUAUGAUAAUGAAUUAUCUGAUUAUUAAGUUUCUGAAACAUAUUCGAGUUAAUAAAUUAACAAUUAUGCAGCAGGUUUUUGUUUUUAGAAGAAAUUAUUAGCUUUAUCUCCAACUUAAUAGGGAUCUACAUAUAUUCAUAUGAUAGGAGAGAAUAUAAUCUCAAAGUCUAAAUAGAGGAUUCCUUUUCAAGGGGAUAAAUUAUUUUUUUCAUAGGAUGGAAAUUAUCUUGCAAUAAUAUCAAAUAAUCAAUUAUUAAUUUAUCAAAAUGAAGAAGAAAGAUAUUGA